UUACAGUGUCGAAUCAAACUUCCGGUCACGGCCGCGUGACGACAUACUCAAAACAAGCAGAAAAUGAGAGCUCCUUCCGAGAGAGUAAAAAGUCUAAAAACAGUAGCUUUAAUACUGAAGAAUCGACUCAGUUGGCUGGAAGAUAACAGUUAAGAUGUGCCCAAAACGUAAUUUAGUAACAUUUUAACGGUUUGAGGAGAGGGGACCCACCAGCAGAUAACCAGACCAAAGGCAAAAUAAUUAACGUUAGCUGGCUAGCACAGUAGCUUGUUAGCCCCUGUGAGCUAGCCACCAAGAACCCCCGACAUUUGAGAACAGCUAACGUAACUGGAUUUUGGGACACUGGUGUUGGCUGUCGUUGUAUCCGGGAGUGAGGGGUAAGGCUAGGCAUCUCUUCAGUUGACGCGGUUCCCUGGAGCGGCCUUAGCCAAGUCGAAGAAACGGGGAACAGGAUAGGGAAGCAGGGCGGCUCUGCCACCUCGGAGCCCGUCGAGAAGAUGGCGGGGAGCCCCGAGAAGAGUUCGUCCGCGCAGGAGCUGAAGGAGCAGGGCAACCGGCUUUUUCUCUGCCGCAAAUACCAGGAGGCCGCUACCUGCUACAGCAAAGCAAUAAAUCGAAAUCCAUCGGUAGCUGUGUACUACACAAACCGUGCCCUGUGCUACGUGAAACUACAGCAGUACGACAAAGCAUUAGCUGACUGCAAACACGCCCUUGAACUCGACAGCCAAUCAGUGAAAGCACACUUCUUUUUGGGCCAAUGCCACUUAGAGCUUGAAAAUUAUGAAGAGGCCAUAGGGAACCUACAGAGAGCCUUUAACCUGGCAAAGGAGCAACGUCUGAACUUUGGUGAUGACAUCCCAAGUGCACUGCGUCUUGCAAAGAAGAAACGCUGGAACAGCUUAGAGGACAAACGCAUCAACCAGGAAAAUGAUCUGCAUGCCUAUCUCACAAAACUCAUCCUGGCUGAAAAAGAGAGGGAAAUCGAGGAAUGCAGAGAGAAGCAAGUUGAUGAUAAUCAGAGUGGAAGUGAGGUCAGCAAAAUCAAGUCCAAACAUGAUAAGUAUCUGUUGGACAUGGAUGAGCUGUUUGCUCAGGUGGAUGAGAAAAGAAAGAAAAGAGAGAUCCCAGACUACCUGUGUGGGAAGAUCAGUUUUGAAUUGAUGAGAGAACCCUGCAUCACCCCCAGCGGCAUCACAUACGAUCGCAAAGACAUUGAGGAACACCUACAGCGUGUCGGCCAUUUUGAUCCAGUAACACGCAGCCCCCUGACACAGGACCAGUUGAUCCCCAAUCUGGCAAUGAAGGAGGUGAUCGACGCUUUUAUCCAAGAGAAUGGCUGGGUGGAGGAUUAUUGAACACACAUGCACAUGCGCGCGCACACACACACACACACACACACACACACACACACACACACACACACACACACACACACUUGUAAAGCAGUGCAGCGAGCAGAUGAGGGGAAGGGGAGUGAAGCAGACUGAACAAACAGACAUCCUCUUGAACUCGCACUUUACACAUGGGGGACACCAUGGACUAUUUCUCAGGUCUCCCUCCUUCUCUCUUUUUCUCUCUCUAUUAUUCUAUCUCCCUCUUUCUCUCUUUCUCUGUUUGUGCCACAAGCCUGAAUUCAAUCGCUUUGAAUUGGAGCCAUGUCAAUCAAGAUUUUCAACUUCUGUAUACAUGACCCUGUACAUUUUUAUUUUCACUAUCAACCGUGUAACAACUUUAGUUAUUUGAUUUGACCUGAUUUUUUCUUGUGGAUGUAGCCACGAUUCAGAAAUACUCACUGAUACACACAGCACGGUUAUCUUACAGGUCUAGAACGUGGAAACGUUAUGCAGAGAAAAGCUAAGGAAUUGUAAAAUUAAAAUCUGUAAUUGGAUGGCUUGGUUCUGUAAUGGGCAAAAUGAUGCAUCAUUGAGAGAAACAAAAUCACCAGGGGAUACCUGGAUGUGUUUGGAAGAACGUUUGUGUGUCAGAAAGCGUUUGAACUCUAGUUGAUGGGAGCUACUUUUUUUUUUUGCAUUAGAACAGCAGAGUUCUUAGAUGCCAGUUAGGCUCUUUAUGCUGUAUAAUCAAUAACUUACACGAGUGGCUGGAUUUGUUUUGUUUUUGGUGUGUGUGUGCGUGCGCGCAUGUGAGAUUGUCUGUCUUGAUCUCAGAGCUUCUAUUAGAAUGCACUUUCAGUUGCAGGAGAUUUUGUAACUCUCUCAGAUUACAGUGUAACUCAUGGUACCUCAUCAUACACUUACUCUCUCUCUCUGCUACAGUGUGUAGAUACAGCCAGGCUCACUCACACAAUUAAAGCUCAACCCACAGUGUCAGACAUAUUUGAAGGUAAUGGAUGAUGGCUUGGUGGUGUGGACCCUCGUGUUCGUAUGUUUGUGUCUCUGGGGGCAGAGCCCCUGCUGUAUGCACCCUUAUGCCUCAUGCUCUUAACUUCAGAGUGGACUUCACCUUUUUUUUCCUCUUUUCAUUUUAUUAUAAAGAAAAUGCUGUUUGCUGAAUAUUGAAGGUUUUCGUUUCAGUCGUCAAAGCCUCAAACACCAGUGCACACCACUCUAAAGAAGAUUGUCACCGAGCAUCCCCGGAAAAUCACAGGUCUCCACUCAACCGUUACAGACAAUAGAAAAGUAUUAAAAUGAAUACGCAAACUUAGUUACAUGUUGAAUAAAUGUUUUUUUUUUGUACAGUCUCA